AUGAGCUGCCCAAUCGGCAAGAACCGCCCCCUUGUCGCCUUCCUCCAGCAGCUGCGCCACCUGGGGCAGCCCCCCAGGCCCGUGACGUCUGCGGUGUGCGCGCCCCCUCGGCCCCGGGAGGUGCCCCUCUGCCCGGCGACGGAACGCGGCGAGGCGCAGGACGCGGCCGCCCUGCCCGGCCCCACCAGCUGGCCGCUGCUGGGCAGCCUGCCGGAGAUCCUCUGGAAAGGGGGGCUCAAGAAACAGCACGACACGCUGGCCGAGUACCACCGGAAAUACGGCAAGAUUUUCCGCAUGAAGUUGGGCUCCUUCGACUCGGUGCACCUGGGCUCGCCGUGCCUGCUGGAAGCGCUGUACCGCACGGAGAGCGCGUACCCGCAGCGCCUGGAGAUCAAGCCCUGGAAGGCCUAUCGCGACUACCGUCGGGAGGGCUACGGGCUGCUGAUCCUGGAAGGAGAAGACUGGCAGAGGGUCCAGAGUGCCUUUCAGAAGAAACUAAUGAAACCAGUGGAAAUUAUGAAGCUGGACAACAAAAUCAAUGAGGUCUUAGCUGAUUUUAUGGGCAGAAUGGAUGAGCUCUGUGACGAGAGAGGCCGCAUUGGAGACUUAUACAGCGAGCUGAACAAAUGGUCAUUUGAAAGCAUCUGCCUUGUUCUCUAUGAGAAGAGAUUUGGACUCCUGCAGAAGCAUGCCAGGGAAGAGGCUUUGAACUUCAUCAUGGCCAUCAAAACAAUGAUGAGCACGUUUGGGAGGAUGAUGGUGACCCCAGUGGAGCUGCACAAGAACCUCAAUACCAAGGUCUGGCAGGCCCACACGCGGGCCUGGGACACCAUCUUCCAAUCAGUCAAAUCGUGCAUCGACAGCCGGUUAGAGCGCUAUUCUGAGCAGCCCAGCACGGAUUUCCUUUGUGAUAUUUAUCACCACAGUCAGCUUUCCAGGAAAGAACUGUACGCGGCCGUCACCGAGCUCCAGCUCGCUGCAGUAGAAACGACAGCAAACAGCUUAAUGUGGAUUCUCUACAAUUUAUCCCGUAAUCCCCACGUGCAACAAAAGCUUCUUAAGGAAAUUCAGAGUGUAUUGCCUGAGAAUCAGAUGCCACGGGCAGAGGAUUUGAGGAAUAUGCCAUAUUUAAAAGCCUGCCUGAAAGAGUCCAUGAGGCUUACCCCAAGUGUACCAUUUACAACCCGAACUCUUGACAAAGCUACGGUUCUGGGUGAAUAUGCUUUACCCAAAGGAACAGUGUUGAUGCUCAAUACCAAGGUGUUGGGGUCCAGUGAAGAAAAUUUUGAAGAUUCAAGUCAGUUUAGGCCCGAACGGUGGCUUCAGGAGAAGAAGAAGAUCAAUCCUUUUGCGCAUCUUCCAUUCGGCGUUGGGAAGAGAAUGUGCAUCGGUCGCCGGCUAGCUGAGCUCCAGCUCCACCUGGCCCUAUGCUGGAUCGUUCGCAAAUACGACAUCGUGGCCACGGACGACGAGCCUGUCGAGAUGCUACACCUGGGCAUCCUGGUGCCCAGCCGGGAGCUCCCCGUAGCCUUCCACCGGCGGUGA